UAUAUAUAUAUAUAAUGACAAAAAUGAACACAAGUUAUGCCCCCCCAAAAAAUAUGUAAAAAGGUUUGAGGCCAGGGGGAGCUAAGGUACACAUUUAUUGAUCAACUUAUAGCAACAGGAAUUUCCAUGCUUGAUUUGUUUUUAGGUGGUGUAAAACAUUUUAACAGCGACACAACAUGACAAUUUCGGGAGAACAAAGAACAUUUUGUGCCAGUACUUUAGAUUUCACUUAAAGGGCGCGAUCAGUCUUUCAUUAAAAAAAUUAAUAAUAAAGCAUUCACAGACUAAAACGUUGUUACUCUUCCGCAUCCCCACCCCCUACUUAAACACCCAACCUGAAAUUUCCCGCCUACACUAUUCUCCAAUCAAUCAUCAUCCAAUCAUUUCACAGCAGCAGUUCUAGCCCCGCCUUCCGAAGGGCGGAGCCUCUGACGUGGUACAAAUAAAUACACUCCUCUGGCUUCCGUUUCGAGGAGAGCUCAGUGUCCCUUGCUUCCCCUCUGAGUCUUCUUCUUCCCAGAGAAGUGAGUUCUAUUUGGAGACGAAAACGACGACGAAAAAGAUGUUUGUGUUCGCCGCCGUGACAAUCCUUGCAUUAUCAAAUGCCUGCCAAGGUUACAAUCUAGUAAGCUCUCUCCGCUCUGUGGUGUCACAAGAAGUAUCCCAGGUAGAGGGCAGACUUGCUAAAAAAUUGGAAACUUUGAUCAGCUUACAGAAUGCUGGGGGCAGUGGUGCUUCCUGCUCGGCCGCGUCUGGCUGGGGCCGCCCGUUUAACGUGUUCGGGAAAGGUGACAAUUACUACUUGGCGUUCCGCGGAACGGCUGGGGUGGGCUCCUCCGUCUAUGAGGCUUACAUCGGAGACUACAGCAAGAAACCAAUGCGGAACAUUGAACCGUGCUGCACACAGGUGAACGGAUCACUUCCUUGCUCCGGGCAUUACCGUAAUGCGGGCAUUUUGAACAACUGGCAGAAUAUCGAAGAGGUGGUCGUGGCUCUGUACGAGCGUGGUGUUCUCAAACAGUCCUUGACCUUUGACGCCGCCGGCACAGACUACCUGUCCUGGUUCAGCCCUGCCAAUCUCAAGGACGCUGGAAAGUGGCAGGAUCUGAAGGAAAAAACCACCAACUUCUUCUCCAUUGCUGGGGAUACCCUGUGGAAGCGCCGUUUCUUCAUUAACCACCUCUACCUGGGAUGUCUGGCUGAUAAUGGUUGGUUCCUGGCCAUGGAUAACCCUCUGCCCCCAUGUCAGUAUGAAAAGUAUUCGUCUUUCCCACAGUUCUUAUACAGCAGUGGCACCGGACGUAUGACAUGGUCUUCCAGCGGUGAAGUCGCCCAAGCUGACGUCAUGGCAAUAUUUGUAAAGCCAUACAACGGCUGCAGAAGCAAAUAACUUUUUAAAAGUAUAACAUAAUUUUUUUUCUCCUUUACCUGAACUUCUAAAAAAAAAGGAAGAUACUAUCCUUCAACGAAAACAACGUAAAGACAUUAGUGAAUGAUGGUGAUGGCCUUUCAAAAAUAAACGAAAUGCAUCUAAACAUAAGUAGUUAGAAAACUGUUUUUGGUCUUAACUACAUUAUGGUGUUCUGAGAAAGAUGUAGAAUCGGUGUGCAUAAAGCACUGUUACAAGUUAAAUAUCUUUACAUAUAUUAUACACAUUUUUACUGCGUAAAAUGUAUCCUUUUGAGCAAAGAAAAUUGAGACAUGAAUAAAAGAACCAAAAAUCAUUCAGUUCGUAAGUGCUGAGCAAGA